UUCCCCCACUGGAGCAUGAAUAAUGGGGCCCCCAUUGUACCGGAUCCAUGGAAUCGGUUCACGAUCGGACAGCACAAUGGCGGUGCAAGUACAGUGUCCACGUUGACAGUGACCGGAGCGCAGAGCAACCACAGCGGCCUCUACUUCUGCAGUCCGUUCAGUCGCGAAGCACAUUCCUUGUUCGUGCUUCCGGAGAAAGACGAAUCGUCAGGAUCGUGCUACCAUCUCGUGGAAGGCCAUCGACUGGAGCUGGACUGCGCGUCCGAACGUCGCACCGAUGUUGUUCACCAUUUUCCUUUCGCCUGGUCCAAGAACAACAAGCGCUUCUUGCCUCCCGGUCCCCACGUGCAAAUUGACAUGACACGACUGAUCUUCCUUCACGCCAAAGCAGAAGACGCGGGUCUCUACAUGUGCUCCAACAUGUUUGCCCAAACGCACGGACAGGUGACGGCCGGGAAGCUCAUACAUGUCAUCACACCAGUGAAAGUGGACCCUCUUCCCGAGCGGUUGGUGAGACGAGUUGACGGGUUACUGCUGCUCACUUGCAAUGCAAGCGCCAUUCCAAAGCCGAGGAUUACUUGGUGGCACAAUGGAAAGAAACUUGAGGGUGGUGGACGAGUACGCCUUCUGCCUGGACCCGAUCCCGAAAACUUACAGGCAGGAACGCUGGAGCUGCGCGAUAUCACCGCUUCGGACGAUGGCAUCUACGCUUGCAAAGCCUCGCAUGAUGUCUGUGGAGUAUUCACGGAAUCCAAGACGCACGUCUACGUACGCUUGAAUGCUAUUCAGACAAACGAAGAGGUUCCAGGAAAAGGAAUUAUCCUUGACCCACAUUCGACGGAGCCCCUUGUCCUUCAAUGCAACUACACAGACGAUCCAAGCAAGGAUGUCCUUUGGUUCAAGGACGGUAGCAAAAUCGAAGGUGACACACGGUACAGCAUAAACAGCGACAACCACAUGCUGAUUGUCAGUAACCCUGACUAUGGCGAUGCUGCGAAUUACACAUGCAUGAUUGCAGAUGCCGGACAGAAUGCCACCAUAGUCGUCAGAACUAACGUGUCUAUCGAAUUUUCUGAAACCUCGAAGAACCAGGUAGAAGGUGAUCCACUGACGCUGUACUGCAAAGCAUCUGGUGUGCCCCUUCCAACCAUAACGUGGCUCAAGGAUGAUGAACCACUGAACACGUCAGACUCUCGCAUUUCUUUGGAAGCGUGGCAGAAUGUCUCCAAUGCCAAGCUGAGCAUUCAAAACCUAAACUUUGAUGAUCGCGCCCAGUACACUUGCAUAGCCAGCAAUGUUGUUGGCAACGACACCAUCACCAUCCUGGUGCGAGUCAAAGAUAAGCUGGCUGCACUGUGGCCCUUCUUGGGUAUCUGUGUUGAGGUCGCCGUGUUGUGUGCCAUCAUCUUUGUCUACGAGAAGAAGAGGGUAAAGCCAGACUUCGAGGAAUCUGACACAGACCAGAACCCGGAAAACAAAAACCUCUCGGACCAAAAGGAGGGUCAAGACAUUCGGCAGCGGAAGUAAAACGACGACAACCAGCAUAAAUCUCUCUGUUGCUGUGGUCCGAUUGCAUAUAUUUUUUUAACGCCACCUCUAUUCUGGAAAGGCCUUCGGGGCCAUUUGUUGUUUUUUCACCCUGUGGAGAGUUUGCGAAGCUUGUAAGAAAGACACUUCCGUUCCACAGAUAUAGUGUGGGAGUAGUGGGCAUUUAGGCCAUUCACGAUGCAUGUGGUAAAAAUAUUGUACAUAAAAGUUGCAUUACACUUUUAUAAUUAUACCUAUUUCCUCGAGCGAGCUUAGCUAGCCAAGUGUCAUCGAUACAAAACCUAACAUAGGACAGUUUGUUGUUAGUUUCAUGACCAGGUUGCAGUACAUCAGAUAGGGAUGAGUAAUUUUGAGGGAGCAUUGAGGAACAACGCGAGCAUUCUGCAGUGGGAGAUGUCACAACGCUGUACAUAUUUAUAUAGUUACGAGAGAAUGUAACACAGUUUGCCCUACAUUUUUGCAGAAAAAGUGCAAUUAUCUCUGUUGAGGUCAGACUCGGAGAUGAGUGAAAAAAAGAUAUAAUAAAAAUGUUCGACACACA